AGCACACACACUACCAUUUGAAUGCGAACACCAUGCACUUUUGCAAAGUGUGCGUGUUAGUAUGCGGUUCGUAGGUACGAUUGAGUCGUGUCGUCGUUCGUUCGCUUGUUCGUUUCGUUCAUUCCGUUGGUUCUGUAUACAAACAAAGUGUGAGAAGAGCAGAGAGACGUUCGUAAAAGUAGUAAAGUGGAUGUAUAUUUAGAAGCUGCGAACAGUGAACGGAAACUCAAUCCGACAGAGACGUGAAACAAAAAGGCAAAGAAAGACGAAGAAAACGAAGAACGGCACACACAACAGAGGCACAACUGAGAAACAGCACUUUUAUUACUUUCUACAUACACGAAUCAUAUACAUUGAGUAGGUAAAAUCAUCGAGUAUAUUUCAAGCUCUCACUCUCUCGGCCUCUGCAAAAGUUACUUUUGUUAAAAUGUAAUUUAUCGGAAACGAGAAGAUAAAAAAAAAGCAGUUUUUUUUUUAAGCGAGCAUUUUCAUCCAAGAAGAAAAUUUUUUUAAACCAAUAAAAAAAAUUAAAGACGAGAAUAAAACGCUACCAGAAAACGAAAGAAAAAAAUCGGUCAAGAAAUUUUGCUGCCAUCGGCGUCAAACAGGAAAAGCUGAUUAUUACACGAGCGAAACAAAAAUUCGCUUUGGAUUACUCGAUUUUUCUUUCGCGGAUUCUCGUUUUUCUUCUUUUUUUUUCUUGCGAAAAAAGAAAGAGAGCGCACCGAGAAAGAAAAUAUAAUACACAGAAUAAAUUGUAAAUAAAAAUUGUGUUACAUUUUUUUGUUUCAUUGUUGUUGUUGUUGUUGCCAUUUGUGGGAAUUGAUUUUCGUUACUUCGAAAGACUUUUUUUCCUAAUUUUAUUUUGCGAGACAAAACAGAAAGUAAAAAAAAAAAUCACUCGCGCAAACAAAGAAAAAUGGAAAGAAAAUGUUGUAUUUUGAAUUACCGUGAGCGAUUUUGGUUGUUGUUUUUUAUUUAACGCAAUUUACGAUUUGCCUCCACACAAAUAAAAAACCAAUGAUUGAAGAGCUGUGAGGAGUUACAAAGAAGACAUUUUAUGAACAUAUAUUAAACACUAAAAAUGACGAUCAAACAAAUGAAAAAAAAUCAUUUUUCGCAUGUUGCGGAAGCCAAAAGCGAAAAAAAUUGUCCCUCCAAAAAAUGAAUAAAUGCAAAAGAAAGAAUCGAAAAAAUCGCAAAUGAAUCAUGAGAUAGCCAUAUUCUAUUGAGUCAAUUCUUUCUUUUUUCAUCUUUUCAAGUGGACAAUUUUGGUGGUCAUCGCCUCAUUUGUUUAUUUAGUCGGUUAUUGCUAAUGAUGGGGCUCUUAUACCGAGCAGAAUUUCUUAUCUUGUCAUUUUUUUUUGCUCAAAAAAUAACUUUUUAUUUGUUCGUAUUUAUUGUUCUUAUUUUAAUUGUAUCUCUGCCAUUAAAAUUUGCUUAACAUCCAUUGAUUCAAUUAUAUUAUCCAUUUAGUAACACAUAUCAUCGAAUGUUUCUCGAGGAGAAAAAAUAAAUACCAAUAAUCCCAAUAAAUCAUGUUCUGCUUUCAACGAUCCCAUUUUCGUUCACUUUUCACACCAAAAAGUGAAUAAUUUAAUUUUUUCGAGUUAGACUAAAAAGUUUUUCUUGCUUUUUCCAUGUUGUUAAGCACAACGAAAAAAAAAAGAAAUUUUUUUUUUGUUGACGGUGUCUCAUUCAACCACAAGCCUUCUGCGGCUUUCGAUUGUAUAGGUGCAUUCACUUACAAUAUAAUAUGCACACACGUUGGAACUCGACCAAAGUGGUAGCACUGUGAAUUACAUGUGUGUAUGUAGGAUGGAAAAUGUGGAUGGUAUAUUUAUCGGUUGGAAUGUGUACGUAUUGGUUGAACGUUUUUGCAUGCGACGAAUACUCAACACAUAUCGUGUUCGUUUCGUUUCUGUAUAUCGUUCUGAGUCAGGGCAUAUUUUAGGGAAUUUUUUUUUUUUCGUUUUCAUUGCGAGAAUAUAUCGAGAUUAAUAUUAUCGAAUUUUGUCGAGACGUAGAUUUGCUGCCAUAAUUAAAGACUCAAGUACCCAGUAUUGAAGGCAUUUCAAUGGGAUUAAUUCCGGCAAUUUUUUACAAAAUCUUUUUACCAUUCGAAUUGAAAUUUCUUAUUUCACAUUUCGAAAAAUUGAAGAAAAACUCCAAAAAGUUAUAUUCCUCUUUUGUGUGGGAGACAAAGUGGGAGAAAAUUCCACAACAUAUUGCUUCAUUUCAUAGAAAUUCCGAAAAUUCCGAUUGAUCCAAUCGGUGGUCGAAACAAGCCCUGGUUUAUUUAAAAUACAUAUGCAUGCACACGCAUUGUCUGUGUGGGUUCGGAUGAUAGAGAAUAUUGUGGCAUUUAAUCCAUUAUGGCGCUGAUUUGUUAUUCGGAUGAGAAACACGGGUUAUUUUUUUUUUCCUUUUUGAUUUCGCGCUGUGCCUUGGUGUGCGUGCAGGCAAAUUAAUAGAAUCCAUGUGUCAGCAUGUCGUGUUUUUCUUGUUUGAAGUAGCAUGUCGGUGUUUAAAAGUAAACGAUGUGUGCUUCAACAUACACAUACACACAUUUACGAUAACCCAUACACAAAUCACCAAAUCUGUAUGCUCAAUACACACAGGUGAACAAUUUUGUAUACGCACAUUGUGGCUCGUGGUGGUUUCAAUGGCACAGACAUCUUGGAUGGCCACGCACACACUGCCAUCCAAACAAAACACACUAUGAGCGACUGACGACGAUAGCGAAGAGAAGAAGAAGAAUAAAAAUGGAUCGACACCGUUUUAAUGGUGUGCGUUCGACUGCCUUCCCAUGUGUGAAAUGCAGAGAAAAUCUUUUUCACUGCGAGACAACAUUGUGUGUUUGAUGCGUAUGUGUAUGUGUUGCUGUCAUGCUCAUGUUGCAUGUGCUUGUGUAAGCACCAUUCGAUCCACAUAUCUCUCGCUGUAUACGUAUACAUUGUUCUUUUCGAUACAGACGAUAUUUUUUACUACCUUAUGUGAGUGUGUAUGCGCUAGUGUGUGUGCUUUGUUGUUGUGUUUUACUAUAAAACAUAAAUUCAAAGUUGUAAAAAUAUAUAGGUUUCCAUUGUGGUUCGAACUCAAAGUAAAAUACAAUUAAAAAAAAAAAAACAGGCGAAAUCAAAAAGUGUGAUGAUGAUCGAAUAGUGUUAGACGGAGGAGAAGAAUACAUGGAACAUCAAUUUUGUUAAUCGAAUUUUGUGAUUUAAUGUACUUCAUUUUCAUUCAUAUUGCCUGAAUUUGUAGACAAAAUCGCGCUGCAUUUGCCAUAAAUUGUGUUCGUACCCGUAAAAUUUCUAUUUGGAUUACGGAAAAUGGCAUAGUUCUGUGUGUUGUUAUAUGAUGUGCGUGCUCGAAAUGCAGCAGCAGCACCACCAGCAACAGCAACAAAAACCACAACAGCAGCAGCAGUAGCAUCAUAACUAACAACAAAAUAAAAAAGUACAAAAUGUUUCCAAAAAUCCAAAGAUGAUCGUAGCAACUUUAAAAUGAGUUUUGUUUUGUAUGAAUCGGUUUUGUCACAAAUUGAAAGAGAUAAAUCGACGCAAAAAUGACUGAAAAUAUGUGUGCUUGAAAAGAGUUAUCGUAACACAAAAACGCGCACUUUUUAACGUGUGUGUGUGUGUGUGUAUGUGUUUUUCGUUUUUAAGUUUUGCUGAAUGAACUUGAACCAGCCUCAAAUAACAUUAAUAAAACAGUAUAAAAAAGAAGAAGAGAAAACAGUUUUUCCGUUGUUGAGAGAAAAGAAAUGAAAUUAAAACAGCAACAAAAAUAAGAAACAACAGCUACAAUAAAAAAUCAAAUGACUUACCAUGAGAAUUAGCAAGUGAAAUUCCGAUUUGCAUAAGACAUAGUAUUAUUUUGAAUACGCGAGAAGAAAUAAUUUCUUUUAUCGGGAUCGUAUGCGCCUUUUAUCUUCCUUCUCAGACAACAAUUACAGAAACACAAAUCUAUCUAAUUUAUCUCAGUCAGUAACUGUUCAAUAUUUAUUGAAUUCACAUCUCGAAUCAACGUCGAGUCGGCACACCUUUUCGCAGCUAGUGGGUGUGCGUGUGUGUAUGUGAAUGAAUAAUAUAAAGGAUAAAGAGGAGUAAAUAAACAAAACGAAUUAAAAAUAAAUUAACAAAAUUACAUCGACAAUUAAAAAUAAAACCGUCUAAAAACUAAGAAGACACAAACAUGAAUGCACACAGUAAACAUUCGACGCAAGCCUCAAUUAGCUUGUUUUCGAUGCGGGGCAAAUCGUGGUCGUACUAUCAAAAGCAUGUAGCCAAUUUGAUAGAUUUCGAUCUCGAUAGCACGAAUCUACCAUCGAGAACAACAGCUGAUGUACAACGAUUAGAUCUAACGGAUUGCAAUUUGUAUGGCGAGUCGCCGAGCGAUCCGGGUCCAAUGGUGUUGUGCAAUCAGUGUAAUCACAUAAUGGCACCAGAAGGUAUAAUGAGGCACGUGAAACGAGUACAUGGAUCGAAAAUCGUGCCAGCACCUUCAAGUGGCAAAUUACGAAUACCGUCAAAGGGCAGUUCAACAGCGAGUAUCACAUUACCAAAUGCUGGCACUCCGACAUUCAAUCGAAUGACAAACAACAGUUUAUCGACGCCAAAAGGUGUCGAUUCAACAUUAUCAGCCGAAUUCUCGAAUCGAUUGAAUGUUUCGAAAAUGGCACCGCCGACACCAAUCAAUUCAUCAUCAGAUAUUGCGGCUGCUGUUAAUAGUUCAUCGUCAAAUAGUAAUUCGCCAAUUAGUUUAUCAAAAAUAUCGACAUCGACGUCGGGCAGUGGAAGUGGGAACGGUAGUCGACGGAAUCGUAAAGUAUUACCGGUCAAGGAUCGGGAAUACGAUCCAGAAAAGCAUUGUGGCGUUCGAAUAGGAAAUAUGAAACCAUGUACAAGAUCAUUAACAUGUAAAACCCAUCAAAUUUCAUUGCGUCGAAAUGUGGAAGGACGUUCGAAGCCGUUCGAUCAACUGUUGGCCGAUCAUCGAAAUAAUGCCAAAGACACACACAAACAUUCAACUAGUAAACAGACAAAUUACACGACGGGAGACAAUGGCAAUCAAUUAUUGGAAUCGAUUGGCGAUAGCAAUUCAUCGUCCAGCUUCGAUAUGGAACGAAGAAGUUUCUCUAGUAAUAGUAAUCAGUCAACGAUAGGAAAUUAUAAUAGUGACCAUAGUACGGCAUUUUCCACAUCAUCUUCACAACAAUUGAAUGGAACACAUUCGCUUCCAUCUGUAUUAUCGUCAAUAACGUCAGCAGUGUCGAGCAGUGGCGGUGUAUCAACGCCAAAUUUCACAUACUCCGAUGUGAAUACACAUCGAAAAAUCAGCAACGCAAUACCAUUCACACCCAGCCCAGACGAUCGCUCAAAUAAUGCAUCGCAAAUUGGUGACCUAUAUAAUUCGAGCUUGUCGGCAAUGCAGUCCAGCACAACGAGUACAUCGAACAACAACCAUGGACUCAACCAAACCGGACUAAACGCAUCGGCGUCGUUGGCAAACCUGGGCGAUUAUUCAAUGCAAAUGAAUGAAUUAAUUAACGAUGACAAUGGUGAUGGAUUAGAUAUGACAUUUUGGGAAAAUUUCGAUAAUUUCAAUUAUGAGGCUGAUUUGGUGAUGAAUAACAAUAGCAACAGUAGCCAACCGUAUCCACCGACACAAAAUAAAUCGAGCAGUAAACGUUCACAUGAAAGCUCGGCAUCGGAACGAGAACGAAAACGGAAACGAACCAAUGAAUCCAAGGACAAUUCCAAUCAAUCAAAGAGCUCAAAAGAUGGAACCAAAGGCAUUGCUGCAUCACCAUUAUCGCAUGACAUUAGCCAAACACUCCUUAAACCUAAUUCAAAUCUGACACAAAACAAGAAAACACCCAGUCUAUCGGCGAAUGCUAAUUUUGGUACGAACAUUCUCAUUGGCGCACCACGCUCCGAUAUCAUUUGCAUUGACGAUGACGACGAUGAUGCAACCAACAAUAACAUCGGUGAGUUGACAUCAUUUGAUUGUAGCGAUGCCACCGUCAAUCGAAAUUCAGACAAGGAAAAUGGUACAAUAUAUCCGGUAACGCCAACAAAAGAGCUCGGCAACGACAUAACCAUAAAACAUCACACGAGUCGAAGUCGUACCGAUUCAGAGAGACUAAAUGGAACACAAUCACCGCCAAUUGCUGAGAAACCGCUGGCAUCGAUGACCCUAUCGAAUGAUCCGGUGGUCAAUUCAACGGAUCUGGUGAAUGUGACAAAGAUUCUGUCGGAAGCCGAUCAUCAAAAUGCAGCUCCAAAUGCAUUGGCACCACAGCCAAAUGAUGCAAAUGAUAUAAACGAUAAUUCAAAACAUCAAGCGAAUCAAAAUAUCAUCUCACCGGUGCCGAUUGGUGAAAAUGAAAGCUUUCUACUGGAUAUGGUGUAUAAAUGUUUGCGUGGCAAAGGUGUACGCGUGAUAAAUUCCAAUUAUUCAAACAGCAGCAGCAGCAGUAGCAACGGCAAUAAUCGAAGUAGUUCCAGUGAAUCGAGUCGAAUACGUGAAAAGGAAAAUUCCGUGGAAAAUAAUUGGAGUGAUGAUGAGGUGCCGACUGUGCCAGUGAGUGCAGCGAAUAAUCCAAUUUUACCGUCAUCGCAGCGAUUUUCGUCAUCAAAAUGUGCAUACGUACCAAGAGCAAUUGCUUCGAAUCACUUUAAUAUGGCUCGCGGGCGAGGUACGUGCCAUGUAAAACAUUCGGUUGAUUGUACAAAGAAAAUUCAACAGCAAAUAUUCCAUCGAAUACAAACGCAACAGCACAAUGGAACAUUUGCAAAUAAUAUGAUUGCAUUACGUAAUAAUGGAUCGAUAAUGCGUUUAAAUAGCGCCAAUUUGAUUGGUUGCCCUAGCCUAGGUACCAUUACGAAUGCCAUUAACACCGGUGCGAACAGUGUAGUGAAUUCGGUGAAGUCAACCCUUGCAAAUGUUACCACGCCAAAUGCCAAUGUUGCCACCAAUGCAAAUAUCAACAAUACGAACAACACAAACACAACCCCGAAUGCCAGUAGUCCGAAUGCAUCAGCCGCAAAAGUGGCAUUUAAAAAACCGAUGCAUUUUGUCAAUUCGAUCGCAACGACAACGAAUGGACCGAUAGUUUUACUGAAUCCAAGCAGUGCUGGUACAAUGUCAUCGGCCGGUGGCAAUCCGAGAUAUGCAAUAUUCCGUCGGCCAAUUAACCAACAAAGUAUUCAAUUAAUUGCACGACCAACCAUCGAUCCAACCAAUUCAUAUUCCGUAAUGCCGGUCAUACAUCGUGUACGGACACGAACACUAAAACCAAAUCUGCCAAAACUACUUGAAACCGAUCGCCUGCUGGAAAGCCUUAAAAGCAUCAUACGACCGCAAAAAAUUAACCAUCGGAAUUAUGACACAACGAAAAUCCUCUCAGUUUACCAAUCACUGGUGAAAGCCGCCAAUCAACCAAACCAUCACUUAAACACAAGUACAAAUAGUUCAUCGUCCAGCAAACGAAAGUCCCAUUCGUCGUCGUCAUCAUCAUCCUCAUCGUUGUCGAAUCAUAAGAAUAGCAGCAACAGCGGCAAUCAUACGUCCUCGCAAGCAAUGACCACAUCAUCGUUACAAAAACAAAACGGCCAUCAUGGGAACAGUAAUGGUAGCAUCAUAACAUCGGCAUCGAAUUACAUGGGCUCAAACAACGCCAGCAAUCACAUUGACAAACGAACACACAUACGGAUUACCGAUGCGAACCACAAAUAAACACAACACAAUGUAUCUGUUUUUAUUUUAUUUUGUUGUUUUGUUCAUGAAACAAUGAGGAGCAUCUCGAGGAUGUUUAUAUUGAAUUUCUAUUACUUUGCCGUUGAACCUCAACGAUGGCGAUUGGCGAUUGAGAAAGUCGUCACGGAAUGCGGUAGAAAGCGGCAGCGACAGCGACAUUGGUUUUAUUUUACACCUUCCGACUAAACCAAAUACAUAGUCGAGAGACAGUGAUUCACAUUGUGAUUAUGCAGAAAGGGCAUUGGGACACUUGAGUACAUUGUUGUCAUGCAUAUAUAUAUAUAUAUAUAUAUAUAAAUCAGCAUUUGGUAUCAAAAUUUUUCUUCUUCUUUUCAGUAUAUAUCCAUAUACUAUUACGAAUGUUGAUUUUAUAUAUUACCUUAUCUGAACAUACAUUUGAACGAAUGAAUGAAACUGAUUGUUUUCUUCUCUUUUUUUAAAUAAAUAUAUAUAUAUUUUUGUCAAAUACACACAUUGAGAAAUGCGUUCAAUGGAGAGAGAAAGAUCAUACACUAACUGAAUGAAAUGAAAGAAGCGAAAAAUGAGAUGUACAAAAUCUUGUAUGCCCAGAAAAUAUUUAAAUUGUUUUUCAUUUAUAGCAAAAAUGCAAAAUUUAAUUGCAUUUUAAAAUGCUGAAUAAAAAGAACUAUCGCAAAUUGUAUAUACAAAUUAAAAAAGAACCAUUUUUAUCGAGAAAAAAAAAA